UGUGUUGUUGGUGGUGACGCUGACAAAUAUUUUUGUUCUGGCCGUGAAUCUGGACGAAGUGGCGGCGCUACCCUCGCUGCUUUGCGAGCCAUCGUGUAUAUUAUUUAAUCGAGGUUUCCACCACACUGCGAUUAUGUCGGUGAAUAUGGAUGAGCUACGGCAUCAAGUGAUGAUUAAUCAGUUCGUGUUGACGGCCGGGUGCGCGGCGGACCAGGCGAAACAGCUCUUACAGGCGGCCCACUGGCAGUUCGAGACAGCCUUAAGUUCAUUUUUCCAAGAAGCCAACGUGCCCAGCCAUCACCAUCAAAUGAUGUGCACCCCCCGAAACACGCCAGCCACGCCACCCAACUUCCCGGAUGCCAUCACCAUGUUUUCCAAAUUGCGCGCCUCCGACGGUAUGCACAGCAGCAACAGUCCGAUUCCUGCCUCGUCGGCGUGCUCCCCACCGGGCAGCUUCAGCCCCUUCUGGACGGCGUCUCCGCCCAACCAGCAGCCCAUCUGGCUCCCCCCGUCGUCGCCCACCAGCCAUCACCUUCACACGCAGCAUCACCGCCAGACUCCCAUGUGGCCCCCCGCAGCACAGUCCGGCGGCGCUCAGCAGAAACCGGUGACAGUCAUCAGCGGCCAAAGAUGAGACUGGCGGACGGAGCGUCGGCGCCCCCUGGCUGUUUCUCCGUUUUGUGUCUUUUUCUUUUUUUUUUUUCCCCAUUGAACAGUCUGGAGGCCAUCAUGAAACUGGGAGUCGACCACUUAAUGGGUUGGAUUGCAAACACUGGACAAGCAGAAGUUACACUGGCCUCUUUCACUUGUUUUUUUUUUUUUUGGUUCCAGUCAAGCACGGCCUCCUCUUACUCGUCUUCAUCCUCCUUCUUCCUCCUCCUCCUCCAAACAAGUCGGCCUCAUGGCAGAGGCGGUCUCUUGGAGCCCGAGACGCAACCGAGUGAGUCGGAUUUGUGUUCCCCGUUCGUUCUUAAGAGCUUGCUUUAUGGGUUUUUUUUUCCUCUUCUACCUCGGGCAGUGGUGGGCGCUCUAACCCCCCCCCCCCCCCCUAAAAUUCUUUGAUUUUUUUUUUUUGGACAGUUUAUGGAGCGCCAGGCUUCUGUCAACCACACAGAAAUAAGCACACCAUUUAGGCGAGCCCACCAGGGUCUUCUACUUGGCUUCACGUGUUUCAGCGGCAAUAAAAACAAAA